AACAUUGGUUCUUUCAUAUUUGGCUAUCAGGACCGUGGUGCAAGUCGUGCUGAGGCAGCCUCAGCCUUGCGCUCAACGCGUCCUCUUCGAGUACUCGGUCGCGCCUCGUUGCCUCUCUCUUUCACUCUUUCACAUACUCCAUCAGUCUACGAAGGAACAUCAUCGAAUCACAACAAUGUCUCGAGUAAGGCCAAGAGAAGUGUCUGAUGAAGAUAAUGCGCCCCCGAGGAAGAAACAGAAGCUUACACCGUCUUUACCCUGGUGCGCGACUUUGCCUUACAAGCCCACUGCUACCCCGCGGUCUUAUGCUGAGAAGUUAGAUUCGCCCCUCAUUACCAUCACCGCUGGCCUCGACUCGAAGAGCUUCCAAGUGCACAAAGAUAUGCUGACAGACGCCGCGGAGUUCUUCGUGAAGAUGCUCGAUGGCCCUUUCAGAGAAGGACUCGGAAGACAAGGUAGAUUUUCCCGAAGACGGUGAAGAUGCCUGGAAGGAGUUGAUCGAUUGGUGCCAUACCGGAUCUAUCAAACCUCUCGAGCAAUCGGAUCGCGAUGCGGCUUCAGACAACUCGACCUCUCGCCGGUCGUGUUGGAUUCGACUGAAACUUUGCUGUCUAGCCGACAAGUAUGGUAUAACGCUUCUGCAUAACCUUGCUAUGGAUACCAUCAUCGAUUACUUUAAAGGUUGCGGAUCAAGUCCUUUUAUGGACUUUGAUAACUUCAGUGUUUGGAGCUCAUACGUAUACGACAACACCCCCGAACAGUCGGGUACCCGCGACUUCAUAGCUUACUACUUCUACUAUGAAUUAACGUACAAAGUACCAUUCUCAUUCAGAGGUGAAGGAAAGAGAACGCCGUACGCAAUCGAUGACCUCGACGAGCUCUCGCACACCAUCCCAGACCUUCAGAAGCGGCUCUUUUCCCUUGUCCGACAGGCAGCUAUCAAACAUUUUUGGCUCCUCUCGCCGUGUACAUUCCACAAUCACUCAACACCAGGAGUGAUGUGGCCUGAGAGUCUCGAAUGUCCGAUUAGCCUCACUGACCCCGUCGGAAAAUGGCCAGAAGAAUGUUUUCGUAUCCAGUACUAUAUCCAGGACAGAACACUGAAAGGCACAGAACUGUUCGACGUCAGGCAGGUAGCUACAGAGCUAAAGUAUAUGAAUGAUGGAAGCUUCAACUCCCAGCUUGAGCGACUGAACAGAGCAAAGGUCAUUACCUGGGUGGCUCCUGAUACAAGCUUCAAGCUUACACCCCCAAGUAACGAGAUAGGUUAGUACUCGGUGCUCAUAUUGUUGCUAUACCCAAUACCCUGUAAUACCAAACCAUCCAGGGCCUGGAAUUCUCUACCUGGACAAAUCUCACCCCCACGCAAAAGCGGUCCACGAUCAACGAUGGAGGUUCCUCUCUGAACUCGACGAAACCAAAGUUCGUGGAUGAGAGAACUUGUAUUAGCUAUGUCUCCUGGAUUCUUGUUGUAUAGAAUGAUAGGACAAAUUGUAUUGUAGAGUCCCCAAUCAAAAGUGUAC